GCGCAGCGCGCGCUGCUCGGUUAGAACAUAAAUCGCGGAUCAUCCUGGAGGAGCAUUGAUGUCUAUCUCCUCCAGUGCUCAUCUAAAGUGCACUGGUAGUGUUAAAAAGUGUACUAUUCUGGAAGCUACUUUCCGUUAAGGUUAAGAUAUAUCCAACUGGACUGCUCAAAUAUAGCCUAUCGGAGUGAUUCACCAGGGAUGUAGUCUAGCCUAUGUGUGCCAUUCUAACUUGUGUAACGUGUAGGCAUUGUUUCAAAGUUGUUUUAACAAUAUAUAUAUAUGAGCGGCUGAACAUUGGGCAACACAAGCCAGGUCAACAAAGGUAUCUAAAUAAAAAUGUCCUCGAAUCUCAGCUCCCCAUCGCCGAACUACAGCAGCCUUUUCACUGCGAGCUACGAGAGGACGGACCUCACAGAGGCGCAAAGACACAUAAGCAUGCUUCUCUUCGGCUUGUGCGUUGCCAUCGCCGCUGCUACCUUCGUGGGAGGUGUGUAUUCUCUCAUCUUUUUCAUCCAGAUGAGGUGGAAAACCAUCCUGUGGCUCAUCGUGGCUUCAAUGUCCGUGGACGACCUGCUCAGCGUAAUACCUCUCUCCCUCUUCAUGCUCCUCCAGUGGGAGAGAGAUGGAGAGGGAGGGUCGGUGACCAUAUGCACGUUAUCGGGACUUCUCUAUGUGUUCCAAGGACUCUCCAGCAAUAUGAAGGCUUGCCUUAUCGCAGCCUACACCUUCUACGUUACUAAGCGAGAAAGAAGUCCUCGGCCGUUAAGCGUGAUGUGGGCGAUAGCCGGGGUGUGGGUAGUCAGCCUGGCCGUCAGUGUACUACCGCUGUGCGGCUGGGGGAGUUUCACCCCGGUCUCUCUAGGCUGUUUCCCAGAGAGCCACAGCUUUUACGUUCUGCUCCUUUUCUCUUUGUACUCCUUGUGUUUCUGCGGAUUGGUCUUAUUCUUCGUUCCUCUCACCUACCAGCUACUGUGUUCCAGGGAGCCACAGAGGACGUUCUACCCGAGCUACUUGGAUAUCGCCAGGGAUCUGAGAGGGGACGGGUCUGCGCCUCUCUGCGACCUCCCGUCCUUCUCUCGGGAUAGCUUGGACAGAAGUUUCAGUGCCUACAAUGAGCUGUUUCCGGUUGGAUCGGGGAAAGGGCUAGGAGUACGGGGCACAGUGGAAACAUAUACCUGCCCAACCCCUACCUCUGACGGUGUACUGAGGGAUGGAACCAUCAGUAACUGGGAAUCCCCGGUGUUCUUUGCACAAAAGCGCUUCUCCAUGAUCCUAGCGGUAGUGAGAGUUGUCUUGUGGAUGCCGAUGAUGACUGUGGUGCUCGUGCGUCAUGCUGUGAACGAGCACAGCCCGUCCCUGGAGGCGGUGGGAACGGUGAGCUUCUUCCUGACCCUGCUGGCGCCUGCGGUCACGCCGGUGUUCAUGCUCUCAGAGCGCUGGAUCCACCUUCCGUGCGGCUGCUUCAUCAACUGCCCGCGGGACACAGAGCGUGAGCCCACCGCAAAGAAGAGGAGGUUUGAGUUUAACCUCUCCUUCCAACAAGGAUACGGAAUAUACAAGUUAUCCCACGCAACCAAACCCCACCACAGCCCGUCCGUUGAGAAGUCUUCCUAUCAAAACCUCUUCAACUUCUCAGAAAACCAACUUGCUGUGCUGGACAGCUCUGGCGUCGCGAGCCUGCAGGCCGAGCUCGAGUUCAUGACCCCACGUGAAGUAGACAGCUCCUCACUGCACGAGCAUGGCGAGCUGCUUCUCGAGGCUGAGGCAGGUGGGGGAGAGGCCCUCGCGCUGGCAGACUGCCUCCAGUUUCCUCACGAUAACCACGGAGACCAGGACAGCUUCUUCUGUGGAUCCAGCUCCCGGGACUGCGAGGACCUCAACCUCACUGACACGUCAUCAGUGUUCGAGGGAACGGAACGGAGACUGUCGCAUGUAGAGGGCAGAAAAAUGGAGCUGACGGACUGGGAGUGGUGUAGGAGUAAAUCAGAGAGGACCCCCAGACAGAGAUCUGGGGGAGGUCUGGCCAUCCCUCUGUGUGCCUUCCAGGGCACCGUCUCCCUGCACUCCCCCACAGGGAAGACCCUCUCCCUCUCCACCUAUGAGGUCAGCAGCGACGGCCUCACUAUCUCCCCCCACGCCGCCAAGAAGGUGGAGGUCUACCGCUCCAAGUCUGUAGGCCACGAGCCCAGUGCAGACGACCCCACCACCAGGGACCCGGACGGGGGAGUGGGGAUGGAGGUGGAGGUCGGAGAGGUGGCAAUGGGGGACACCAAUGUGAAGAUCCACCUGGAGGUGUUGGAGAUCUGUGACAACGAGGAGGCCAUGGACAGCGUGUCCAUCAUCUCUAACAUCAGCCAGUCGUCCACCCACGCCCGCUCCCCGUCGCUGCGCUAUUCUCGGAAGGAGAACCGCUUUGUCUCCUGUGACCUGGGGGAGACAGCCUCCUACUCACUGCUCAUCCCCAACAGUGGCAACCCCGAGGUGGACAACAUCAACAUCAACAUCCCUGACACGGUGGAGGCCCACCGGCAGAACAGUCGCAGGCAGAAACAGGAGACGGGAGGCUACCGCGAGGAGAUACAGCUGCUCAACGAAGCCUACAGGAAGCAGGAAGAGGACAGUGAAGACUGAUACCCACACACAGGAAGCAUGAAGAGGACAGAAAAGAUUGAUACACACACAGGAAGCAGGAAGAGGACAGAGAUGACUGAUACAUCACAGGAAGCAGGAAGAGGACAGAGGGGACUUUACACACACAGAGGAAGCAGGAAGAGGACAGUGAGACUGAUACACACACACAGGAAGCAGGAAGAGGACAG